AUGUCAGUCAGCAAUUUCAUCUCCGCGCUUGAGCUGGUCGCGACCGGCAUCGACGCCCUGUGCGAGAGCGGGGAGUCUUUCGCUGAGUUCAGGUCGCUUGUGGCCCAGCUUGAAACCCUCCAGGUGGCGCUCGAAAGCGUAAAUUGCCUCGAGGUUGACGAUGCGCAACAGGGGGGGUCGCCGCAUUGCGCAGGAUGGGAGUGGGGUAAGGUUAAGGAUGGAUGGAUGAAAAUCAGGUGGGCCUUGUGUAAAAAGGAGGAUUUGUCGAGGUUCAAAUUGGAUCUGGUUGUGCAUACAGAGAGCAUUCAAAUGCUGCUCACCACGCUGCGGAUAGGAGCAACGAGAAUUGACGACAGGAGGAACCACCAGCGUCAUCAAACUAUAGCUGGAAAGGUGCAGGAGUCGUAUUUCGGAUGCGUGAAAAGAAUGAGUGUCAUAGUUAAGGGAAUUCAAGGUUAG